UUGCGUUUGUCGCUCAGUCCAUUGCGAUUUCUUGAGUGUGGUGUACCGUCGUGUCGUGUCUUCGUCUAUCGGUCGUGGGUCUGAUCCAGAUUAGCGCCUUCUCAUGCGAAAUUUGUCAAAUGUGCGAUAGUCCCGCUAGUCGCGCCAGUAUCGCUGUCGCCGUGUCGUGGCUGUCAAGGAAUUUGUGAUUUUGUGAUCGGAAAAAAGAAAAAUAAAUCGCGAGUGAGUGUUGCGUCUGACAGAUAGAAGAAAAGCUGUAGAAAAUCUAGUCCUCUCGUUGGGAAAGCCCCAUCUAGAGAACAGACAAGAAAACGUACGUGGUGUGUCUUCCAUACGAAGGAAAGAAGAAUAAGUGGUGCUUCCUCGUUAUCAAUUGUGUCGUCUCCAAAAAUAGCGGAAUCAAAUUUGGGCGGCCGUGUGAUGGCCUGAUGAAGAAUUCCCAGAAGCAACGUGGCAAAGCGACUGUGAAUAUUAUUGGUUCGGUAAUAGCCGAAAAGGUCAAAAUUGAAUUGAGUUAUAACUUGUAAUUGCGAGCCCUUCUACCAAGUGCACAUCUCUAAAUUACCGAAAUUCGUCAUCAGGUGCAGCGUGAUUAUGCAGUGAGAUUUUGUGGAACAAGGUGAAUGAAUGCCUUUCGAAUUGCAACCGAAAGGAAAACAGUGAAUUGUGUCCCGCAAUUAUAUGUGAAAAAAAAGUGUGAAGAAGACAACCGAAUCUGCGAGCUGAGCUGAAUCAAUGCAUCUAAAGACGGUGUGAUUCCGUCAUACAGUUUCCAACACGUGUAGCGGACCCUAAUGAACAGGAACAUGAAACGACAGCUGGAGAAGUUUAAGGAGGAGAUCAAGUCCAACCUGACAAGAUCCAACAAAGUGGAGAAAAAUGCUGACGGCCUGCAGGACAUCGAACGGGAGGUCGACCGGUACAAAGACAUUCUGCAGAACCUUAACAAACGGAUAGCAACGACCGUCUCGGCCGGUCAACCCCAGGAUGCUGUCGCCAAAGAGAAACGAGUGCGCAAAGUGGCCGAGUUCCAGCUCGGUCAGUUGAUGGAAGAUUCGGUCAAGGAUCUACCGGCCGGAUUGCUUCGGGACGUGCUCGACCGGAGUGCGCGCCUGGAAAAGACCAUCGCGUCGGAAAUCAUCAACAAUGAGAUGAACAUCGAGAACUCGGUCAGCAAAAAUCUGAACGACAUCAUCGAGCGGCAUCUGGCAACGAUCCAGAAGCAGAAACGCACCGUCAGCAAGUGCCACCAGGAGUACGAGGCCACUAGGCAAAAGUAUGAUUCCGCCGUACGCAACAGCGACCAGCUAGGUAACCAAGCCAAACUCACCCAACUGAAGGAUGACCAGGAAGAGCUCCACAACAAGCUGGAGAAGGAACGGGACCUGUACGAGUCCUACAUGUACGAGCUGUUGGCCGAAGAGGAGAACAUUGCCAACUACGUGAAGGAUUACGUCAAACAUCAGGAAAUGUACUACACCUCAGCCCUCCGGGAGAUCCAAGGAACUAUUAAGAACAUGGACGGUCUGUUUCGACGGAAUAACAAAAAGAUCUUCAAUACGCCCCUGCAAGAGCACCUGAAGGCGACGGAUCGUAAGAUCGCGUAUGUCAUUGAGCUUUGUGUCUGCUGUUUGCUUGAAAAAGGUCUUUAUGAGGAGGGACUGCUACGGGUAGGCUGUGCAUCCUCGAAGCUACGACGAAUGAUCUCCGCUGUCAAUGCCAAUUAUGUGACUCCUCCUUUACCCGAUAAGUACGCCGAUCCGCAUGUCAUAGCCGGUGUGCUGAAGAAAUACCUAAGAAGCCUACCAGAUCCGCUGCUAACCUUCGAGUUCUAUUCGGACUUUGUAGCGGCAGCCCAAAAGCAAAACGAAACACAGCGAAAAGCUGCGAUCUUAAACAUCAUCAAUCAGCUACCGAAAGAAAACUAUAACAACUUGCGAUACCUCACCAAAUUCUUGUCCUACUUGUCCGAGAAGAACCAGGAGAACAAAAUGUCUCCUCAGAACAUUGCCAUCGUGAUGUCGCCCAAUCUGCUGUGGUCUCCAAACGAGAACGAGAACUACAUCGAUCAAGUGAACAGUACGGCAACGGUGAACACCAUUGUCGAAGCAAUGAUCGCCGAUUGGGGGUUCUUCUUCGAUGGUGAUGUGAACUUCUACGUCAGCAUGACCAGGGAUUCGCUUUUUCCGGAUAAUGGCGGGUUUCCGGUGGACAAAGAUUUGCCUGUAAGAUAUGUUCCUAACGACGUGAUGUCGCGAUCGAUGAUAGUAACGACAACCGCGGGUAGCCAAGACGAGGUUCGGUAUUAUAAUAGUGGAGGAGGAGGCAGUGGCGGUGGAGGAGGAGGAGGGGCAAUUUACACAAACAACUCCCAAAAAGCGUCUACAUCACAUUCCCGCAGCAGUAGUCACGAUACUAGUCUUAUUCUAAUCAACAGUAACGAUCAGCUCAACAAGCACCGGAGUCAGUCGAAUAGUUCCCUGUCGGAUCAUUCCAGUCCGCCACAUGAUAGCAGUCCAAAGCCUACGGUUCGGAGGAAACACAACAAACAAGCUGCUCCAACUCCUCCGGACAGUCACCACAAGAACAGCACAGGCAGCAAUAGCAAUAGUUCCCGGGAGUUGAACAACAAACUACAAUCGAGCUCAUACUUCAAGCAGCUGAACAACAACGAUCAUCGCCGGGAUCGAGAGGACGAAGGAUUCCAAUCGUUGCAACAUCACGCGUACAAACAAGCCCAGCAGGAGUUUUCCAGCGAUCGGCAAACGAUGAUCCGUGCCGAAAGUCAUGACAAUCUACUGAAGCUCAAGUCGUCGGCCACUGCGGUGGCCAGUGUGGGAGACAAAAUUCCGCCGCCGAGGCCGGCAGCAGUCAGCAUUGGGGACAGCCAGACGUUGAACCGAACCAAGGGACAGCACAACCUGCACCAACAGCAUCAGCACCAAAAUAGCAAACUACCAAAUGCUCCCAAUUGUGAUACUACUAGCAGUAUAGGUAAUAAGGAGAAUAAGGAAAACCAUCACCGUCCGACGUUUCCAUUGCCGGUGAAACCGGUGGCCCUACCGAGGACAACUAUAGUCACUGCUAAGACACCUACCCCAACCGGACCUGGUCCGCACACGAAUAGUACCGAUGACGACAGCAGUCCCGCAUCACAAACAACUAUCCGUGAAAAACCCGUCAUCCCAGAACGACCCGCUAUACUGUUGAGGCCGCAGAGCUUCAAAGGUUCCAUUCCGGAAAUAUCUAAAGUUAGCGAAGGAACCAACACACUGUUCAGCGCGGGUACGUCCAUCAAAAAAGCUCAAAGCUUCCGAGGCGAAACCAGCACGGGAACAAGCAAAGAAAGUGGUUCAACCGUUCUCGAGAGGACCCAAAUCUACAACAUCGACAAACAACAGGUGGCGAUCAUCGAUGUGCCAGAUAAAGCAUCCUCAGGAGAUGAACAAAGCAAAGCAAAAGACAAACCAUCAUCCCUAGUGGCCACGGUUCCGGAAGGGGUUCCCCCUUUGGCAAUGAUGGAAUCUACCGGAUCGCUUGGUAGCGACAUCCAAUCACCCACGAGUACAGUUGGCCCAUCGGAGCUGACGACGGACUCGACGAAUAACGCAACAACCCUUACUAGUCUUCAACACGUACCGCAAUCGCCUCGCGGAUUCGAUCAGGCCAAAAUCAAACGACCGCAAGUUCCGGCUCCACCCCCUCCGGUUGGUCGACCUAAAUCAUCCGACUCGACGGAUUUAUAACAAACUGAGCUGUUGAUUUAACCAAGCGCGCGGGUAUAGAUACAUUUAUGUAGUGAUUUGCGUUAAACGAGUGGAUGCCUGAAGUGAAGACACGUGCUUGCGCGACUGCCCUUAAUGCAUUUUUUGAUUGCUGCUGGAGGUUGAUGGUGUAGGUAAAUUGAAAUAUUCCUCACCGGAGUAUCUAAAUAAUUUAACAAAUCGAAAUCGUUUCUAAUGUAAUUGCUUAGCACUAACUCGAUUGAAGAAGCACAGAAGAAGCUGUGCUAUAUCGCGACAGUCAAUUUGCGUAAUUGAGAGGUUUUUUUUUCCCAAUCCCAUCAACCAGCAGCAAUCCAAAUCACAUUCUCGUCGCAUUUAUCGCUGCACAUAACAAACAUCAAGCAGAAGGGCAAGUCUGUCAUUCACCUAGAGUUCGAGAGGAAAGAAACACAAACUAUUCCGAGUCAGAUAGCUUUUAAUUAAAUUUUAUUAUUUUAACGUUUUUUAUCGUCUCUCGUCAGUCGGUUUUAGUUCAUUUUCGUUUGUGUCGUUCGGUACUGUUAUGCAUGGCGACAGAAAAGAAACAAAAGUGCAUUCUAAUUGAAUUGAAUUCGGUCGCUGUUCUGUUGCAUUCAAUUCGCGUUAUGCUCACCGCUAUGACUUCAUGUUUGAAUGGGUUGCUCCCAGUUCUCUUGUUAAAAUUGUUACAUUGUAACGAAGGUUCGCUUUGGUUUCUAGCAAAUAGAGAAAAGGGCAUUGAUGCCCUGUUUUUAGAAUCAAUACCUGCUAAUGUAAAAAGAACUUGUACACAUCAUUCAAUACCCUUGGAAAGAAGAUAUCAGCAGAAAGGGUUGGUUAAUGGAAGUAAUCAAAUAGAAAAUCAAAGAUGUGCGGAGCAGUUAGUUCGAUAUUGUUAUUGCAGUUUGUAUACCUUUAAUGUAGACUGAGUUUUGGGCAUUCUAAUGUUUGCCAUCAUAAGCGAGGUUGUCAUCUCCGAGGCAAUAUCAUCAUUAUCAUCGUUCGCUAGACUACCAAUAAAGGGCUUGGGAAAGUAUUUUUGUUCCGCACUGCUCAUUCGAUUUGUAGUAAAUUUUUGUUUUUUUUUUGUCUUUAUAGUUUACGCUUGUUAGACUAAAAUUUGCCACAAGUCCUUUAAAGUCCAUAUGAGAUUCAAUGUAGGCAUCAUCAAAACAUAUUGGUAUACACAAAUGCAUGGUUUAUACACUACCCGCCAAAAGGAUGGAAUCGCUUCACCAAGUAUUGCAAUAUCCGUUUAUGACUACAAAAGCAACUUUUUGAUGUAUUGUAAAAUUCAAUAUAAUUGUUCCAUACUUUCCAGAAUUUUCGCAGGUAGUGUAUGAGUUAUUGCAUGUUUGAAGUAUGCCAGUAGAGCGCGAAAACUACAACCACAUGACUUAUGCAUGGCCAUUCCCAUACCAAAUUCAAAGGGUUUGUAAGUCUCGGUAUUCAAAUAAAAUAAGCUUGAAUUUUACACUCAAAACUUGAAUAACAAUCGAAUGGGCAACAUGGAGCAAAAACGUUUUCUCAAUCGCCCUGCGGCCAGCGAGUUGUCUGACCAAUUUAUUACCAAAAUGACAGUUUAUUCGCCUGGCGCUAAGUUUUUCUCUAAACGUGUUAGAACUGGUCGGACAGCUUGUUGGCACCGAUUGACACCGAAUGCUAAUAAAUUACGGAAGUUAUCAAUAAAUUAUCGCUACGUACUCACAACUAUCUAAUCAAUCAUUAUACAGUAACAGAACAUAUUCAAUCGUAAACAUAAUAAACCUGCUUGUUGCCUUAUUUUA